AUGCAGUCAGAACAGGAUACGUCAAAGUCCCAGAGGCAGAUCUAUAACCCACCGGAUAUUCAUCCUCCAGUACCAACAUACAGCCAUAUAGCGAUUACUCCGAUCUCUGAUACCGCAAGACUGAUCACAUUCGCCGGCCAGGUCGGAAUAGAUCCCCAAGGCAAUGUCGCACCAGAUUACGCCAGCCAGUUUGAGCUUGCUCUAGAAAAUUUGAGUAAAUGUCUCGCAUUUGCCAACUGCAAGAAGGAAGAGAUUGUCCAUGUGCGACUGUUCAUCGUUGGCAAGCCAGGGGUCAAGGCGGAUGAAGAAGCCAGGAAGUCAUUGUUGGGAAAGUUCUGGGAGGGUAUGCAGCCACCGCCAGAUACUCUACUUUACGUUGCCGCAUUGGCAUUGCCAGAGCUUCUGUUCGAGAUUGAGGCCACCGUAGUGGGCAAGCUUUGA